UUAGAGGGUUGGAUGUGUUGACCGAAACUGGUUAUAUAUUUUUUUUUUUUUUACAAAGAAGUUGGUUUAAAGAAGAAAAAACUACUGUGCAAGUUAUUUGCUGAUGCUUUCUGAGCAAAACCUUUUUUAAAAAAAAGUGGUUGAGUGAAGCGGCCCGAUGCUGUUUUGUGUUUUCCGAGCAGGAGCUUUCUGUGGGAGCCAAAGUUUUUGUAUGAGUUGAGUCCGGAUCACGGACAGGAGUGAGGGCGAAGCGAGGCCUGGAUUAAAAACCCUUGGGUAGGACUGAAUUCAGCCAUGGCUGGCCAUUUUGACGCCGAGGAUCGUGAUAGCUGGUAUUGGGGACCCAUGGACCGUAAAGACGCUGUAUUGUUGCUGCAGGGUCAGAGACACGGGACGUUCUUGGUCAGAGACUCGACCACCAGCAAAGGGGACUAUGUGCUCUCCGUGUCGGAAAACUCCAGAGUCUCGCAUUAUAUCAUCAACAGCGCUAGCAACAACCGACAGUCUGGAACAGGUGUGGCUCAAUCUCGAUUCCGGAUCGGCGACCAGGAAUUCGACACACUCCCCGGCCUGCUGGAGUUCUACAAAAUCCACUACCUAGACACCACGACGCUCAUCGAACCCGUCACGGCACGUUCCAAGCACGCCAGCCUGAGCGGGCCGGUGUCCACCGGUGCCCCGGCGAGGCAGGACGAGCCUGAGUACGUGCGCGCGCUCUUUGACUUCCCAGGCAAUGACGACGAGGACCUGCCGUUUCGCAAAGGCGACAUACUGCGUGUGAUCGAGAAGACUGAGGAGCAAUGGUGGAGCGCUCAGAAUGCAGAGGGACGCAAAGGCUUGAUCCCCGUGCCCUAUGUAGAGAAAUUCAGACCUGCCUCGCCGACUUCUGUAGGAGGGGGUCCAGUAGGGCAGGUGGUGUCUGCUGUCGGUUCGCUGGAUGACAAUGGAGCUUUGGUUCCUGGCAAGCUGGACUACGCCCACCCUGUGGUCAACACGCCACUGCCCAAUCUCCAGAACGGGCCUGUGAUCGCCAGGGUCGUCCAGAGGAGGGUGCCCAAUGCAUAUGACAAGACUGCUCUCGCACUUGAGGUUGGCGACAUUGUGACGGUAACAAAGAUCAACGUGAAUGGCCAGUGGGAAGGCGAGUGCAAGGGCAAGAAAGGCCACUUCCCCUUCACACAUAUCCGUCUGGUCGACCCGCAACAGCCUAUGGACGAAAGCUGAGACACACACAAACACACACACUGCUACAGUUCUCUACACCCACCCUGUUUUUAUUCUUUAUUUUUUUUGUUGUUUUUCCCCACCCUCCUUCUCUAAGAUUCAAAAUCUAAAAACCCGACCUGGCCACAUCAGUACUGGACGAUCCCCACACUGCAAACACUCAUCAAUAUCAAGCUUCACUUAACACACUGUCAUUAAACAAUAGAGUGUGUAUACACAUCUGCGCUACACAAAGUCACAGGUGGGUACAGAUUAGUCGUAACAGUGCCUGGUGAACGAGUUCAUGUGCAGUAGGAAUGCUUGGACGAAGAGCUCGACUGCUACAGUCCUUUCCCAUCUGAAAUACAAAGCCUCGGUUCGACUGCCAACGCCUAGAGCGACGUCCUGGUGUGGUGCCAACUCUAUCAGUCACCUCCUGUACUGAGAUACGGAAACUAUGAUGAUGAGUGAAAAAUAUGUACAUGUGCCAUUACAUGAUCGAUUUCUUCCUAUUUUCAUGACCUACUUUUGAUUUUUG